GCAGUUAUUCAACAUUUUUUAAUUUGGUAAUACGUUAGUUAAAUAUGAUUGCGUAUAUUGUUGGAUUAGGCCUUACAAUACAGAUUGCUUGUGGUGGCUUUAUCACGAUGCCCCCAGGUGACCUCGGGGGGUUUGAAGAAUCGAUAAUACAGGAAAUAAACGAAAGCAUAAAAAACUCAGUACGCGAUAUACAAGCGAACAUAAAAAGCUACAGUUUUAUGAUGCAGAAUAUGACGGACACAGUGGUGGAGGAAAAUAUGGCUUUGAUAUCGGAAAGAAUCCAGAAUUUCAAAAAGGAGUUGGCCCAAGCCAAAGCCUCUGUGGUGGUGGAUUGCUUGAUUGAGGAGGGUCAAUUGGAUGUUUUAGAAGAACAAGUGAAUGAAGAAGUCAAGUCUUGCACCAAGAAAGUGAUGACUGAGGUGGUUAACGUCAUUAGCGACAGUUUAAACCAAGCGCAAACGUUCAUGUCUGUCCCAGAAAUAAUCGGAAAAGACAUACAAAAAUGUGGAUUCAGCCCUACCUGCAUGCAAAUCAUAGUUAUGGAUGCGAUUUCAGAGAGCCUGCAGAUACCACCAAAAGUAAUGACGAUAGCCGCCAAAAUACAACAGCUGAAUUUGAGGACCGUGACCUCCAUUGACACGUGCAUGUUGAACAGCAUUAAAAAGGUAACCAAAAUGGGUUUUGAUAUCAUUGAAGACGUUCUGUAUUGUAUUGAAGAUACCGUGGAUAAUGGCGGUGAAGAAUAUGAUGAAGAUAAUGAAGAUGCAGAAGCUAAUAUCGAAUAAUAAUUAUCUCAAUAAAUUAACCUGGUAUCGAUUAAAUAAAACUUUAUAUUUGUAAA